CCUUUGUUAGGUUCGCUCGGCUUAUUAUUGCACCUCUCAUGAAACCUGACUCUAUGAACCGAGAGAUCAAAUCCAUUGAUUCAGAAUUUGAAAUUCUGAAGCAAAGCGAUACUCAUCGUCUCUACCAGUUAAGACGUCACACAUCUAAAAAUGAUUAUCCAUUUAAUAGAUUCACAGCUGGUAAUGAGAAAUCACUUCGCAGUAAGAACAUGAACGCUCUCCUUACAAGAGCAAAAACAUUUUUUGCUGAUCACUACCAUGGUGGUUCAAUGAAACUCUGCGUCAUAGGAAGAGAUUCACUCACUGACCUUGAACGUUGGGUAAGGAAGUACUUUGAUGGUGUUAAGGAUGGACCAAAAAGUAUGCAUUUAAUCAACCCACCAAAGCCCAUAUGGGAUCCAAGUAAAUUGCAUGUUAUCGAAAGUGUCGAAGGUUUGACUGCUCUUCAGCUUGUUUGGAUGCUUCCUCCUUACUCAAAAAACAACCAUUUAGAAAUGCCAGAAGUCUAUCUAAUCGAACUUUUAAGUAACAAAAGUAAAGAAAGCUUGUAUGGAUUCUUCAAAGAGAAAGACUGGGAAGCUGAUAUAGAUGUCUCUCUUGAGGGUCAUCUAGAUGAUUACAGAUCAGGAGGCCGUUUAUUUAGCUUUUCAUUGUAUCUCACUAACUCGGGCUUGAAAAAAAAGUAUGAAAUGAUUAAUUAUGUCUACCAAUAUAUCAAAUUAUUGAGAGAUAUGAUUCCACAAGAAUGGGUUUGGAACCAAUAUUGGAAGUUGAAGGAAAUAGAGUUUGAUUGUCUUGACGUUUCUGGCAUGGCUGCAAAUUCUCCAAGCAAUUUUGCUCGAUAUCUCUCAGGGAAUAUGCUGAAGUAUCCUAUAACACAUGUUGUUUCUAGCGGAUUAUGUGCGCAAGAGCUGGAACCCAAAAGCAAUAGUAAAUCUUAUGGAAGAAUUUACUCCAAAAAACAUGAGGAUGGACCUUCUUGUAAACUCACUGGACGCAACAGAUCCCAGAACAGAACCCUGGUUUGGAACACAUUUCAUAGAAGAACAAAUUCCACUGGAGAUGAUUAAGAAAUGGAGUAAUAUUUCUGAAGUUGACUUAAAGAGAACCUUUUCGUUCCUACAGCCGUCAACCUAAGAAGAGUCAUCCGUGUGACCACUGCUGUUCCUAUAUGCAUUGUGGACAAGCCAGGGAUAAAGAUGUGGCACCAAAGUCUGGAAGAUGGCCCAGCCUAUGCAUACUUCUGCAUAAGUC